AUGAUAAACUGCACCGUAAGCUAUUACAAGUUGGACAACACUGCGCACUGGGUAGCAUACGUUGGUCUGAAUUCCGUCACGGCGGCGAUGUCAGUGGUGUUUAACACCAUCAUCAUCAUCACCAUCGCGAAGAGUGAGACACUACGAACGCCUUCAUACAUACUUCUUGCCAACGCCUGCCUAACAGACCUCGGCACUGGACUUGUGUCCCAGCCUAUAUCAAUAGUGGGCGUGAUAAAAGCCUCGUGGUUCAACGUAAGCUGCCUCGAUCUGAAACGGCAAUUCAGCGCCGCACCCAUCGCGAAUUUCCUUUUCGGCGUUGCUUCGCUCGCUACAUCAGCAGCCAUCAGUAUCGAUCGGUUUUUAGCGAUUUAUUUGAAGAACUCGUACCUUUUUGUUGUAACAAAGAAAAGAGUUUUUGCAACCAUAGCUGCCAUAUGGCUUUAUUCCCUGGUCACGCUCACCUACGACAAUAAAAAUUUAUUACCCUUAUAUUGCAUCCUUAUGGCUACGAUCAUUGUGAGUUUAGUGGUAGUUUGUGUGAGCUACGGAAAAUGUUUCACGGCCAUACGAAAACACAAGCAGAGAAUUGCAGACACGAGUAAUGCCGCAACAGAAGCUGCGGAUUUGGCCAAGUACCGCCAUGCCAUGAUCACGAUGGUUUUAACGGCAGCGAUCCUGUUUGGAGUCUUUUUCCAACACCUGGGCGUAACGACAGUAUAUACCAUCCUGAAGAAAGGGAAGACAGAGAUCUUGACGUCUCUUUACGAGUUGGAGGUGUACCGGCUAUCUGAGACUAUAGUAUACUUGAACGCCGUCAUCAACCCACUCUUGUAUCUAUUCAGAUUAAGAGAUAUCAGUGCUGCGUGUAGAAGAGUGAUCAAAUCUUUGCCUUGUUCUGCUUGCUUUUUGAAACCCACCAACGCCAACCCCGAGACUGCGAUGUCGGGUACGUCUAAACAAUCUAACCAAACGACUUCACUGAAACCCGGAACGUCUAAGCCAUCCCAGCAACCGGCUUCACCGAUACCCGGCACAUGUGAACAACCACACCAAACGGCUUUACCGAUACCCGGCACAUGUGAACAACCACACCAAACGGCUUUACCGAUAACCGGCACAUGUGAACAACCACACCAAACGGCUUUACCGAUACCCGGCACAUGUGAACAAUCACACCAAACGGCUUUACCGAUAACCGGCACAUGUGAACAACCACACCAAACGGCUUCACCGAUAACCGGCACAUGUGAACAACCACACCAAACGGCUUCACCGAUACCCAGCACGUUUGUACGACCAUACCAAACGGCUUCACCGAUACCCGGCACAUGUGAACAACGACACCAAACGGUUUCACCGAUAACCGGCACGUUUGUACGACCACACCAAACGGCUUCACCGAUACCCGGCACGUUUGUGCGAUCACACCAAACGGCUUCACCGAUACUCGGCACGUGUUUACAAACACACAUAACGGCUUCACCGAUACCCGGCACAUGUGAGCAACCAAGCCGAACAGCCUCACCGAUACCCGGCACAUCUAAACCACCACAUUAA